CAUUUACUUUCCCGCCAACACACUCCGUUUUCGCGCCUCCUCUCUCUCUUUCUCCCCCUAUUCAUCUGCCUCCCCGCUGCUCCUCCUCCUCCCCUGUGGGUUAAUGCUCACAGUCCCACAGAUCCCUUCAUUUUCCUUCUCAGGCAUACUUUUUCCACCAUUCUUUCCUCCUCUGGCGCUUUCUGUUUGGGCAGCUUCUGCUGGGGCCAACAAUGUGGGGCAGGAGCAUGGUGCAGUUUGUGAUGGCUAUACACCUGUACCUCAACCCCAAUCUCCCUCUUUCUCUUUAGGGACCACUUGGUGCAGCUGUAGUAUCUGCAGAUUGAGGUGGAUAAGGAAGUAGAAUGCAUUGUGGACAGAAUUACAUCCACUGCAUCGAUGAUUCUAGGGGUCUAGUUCAAGAUAGUUCUUUCUUUUUCAUCUCAGCAAUACGCAAGGGUACUAUAAUGAAACUCCCCAAUGUCGAUCAGUGCCACAAACCAGCAUUGAGAUUGAAAAAGUUGGAUGAAAUGUUUAAAUCUGAAGUUGACAACAAAAAACACAUGCUUUCAUGCCCACAUAUGGGAGAACACAAAUCUUCUCGUGCACCUGCAUCUUCUUCACUGAAUUGUAGUGGUAUGAAAAAUUGUUAUCCAGACCAAGCGAAUUGCUUAAUAGAGGAUAGUAUCUCCACAUCACACCAUAAUUCACCUCCAAAAAUGGAUGGUUUCUUUUCAAAUGAAAGUUGUAUUAAGCAUAGAAGUGAUGACUGCAGCAGUGGAGAGGAAUUCAUUGACAAUGAUGAUUUUGUCUUCAGUAGCCUGACUUUGAAAGAAAUUCAAAACAUGUGCAAAUCAAGACAGCGAAGUGCUUCACUCCCCAAUCCCUCAAAAACAUCUGAUUUAAGCAGCAGAAGCAAUUGUAAGAAACGAAGUCAUGCUCAUAGGAAACCAUCUGAGGAUGAAUCUGACCUUGAGGAAACCCUUGGUAGUUGGAGAAGGAAGCUACCUGCAAGGAAGCUUAAGAUAAAGAAAAGGGCCUUGGUUACAAGCCAGACCAUUUCCUCUUCUUCAGCAUCUGAACUUCCAGUGAGAAUUAAACAAGAGAAUGACACAAUCUUAAGCUGUGGCAACUCUGAGCUUGCACCAAUCAGCACAGUGUUUGAAUCACAGAAUGUUGAAGAUAUGCCUGGAGGAGUGAAAGUGAAAGUUGAAGAGCCAGAAUCUUCUCUCUGUUCAAGUGCUAUCACAGACUGCCACAAGGCCAAGAACCAAAAUGGCUUCGAUUAUAAGCGAAUCAAAGGCAGAAUUCAGAAUGCUGUAUCAUGCAGUGCUACAGAAAGAAUAUUGCAGGACAGUGGUGCUUUUGACAGGACAUGCCCCCAUCCUGGAAACUCUAGCUGUCAUGAUAGAGGCUUUCUGUGUACCUUGCCUGUAAUAGAUAAGGUGGACCAUCUUGAAUCCUUUGGUCAUGUCUAUCCUAUUUGUGUAACUAAUAGGAUGCCAUUGGAGGUACCUAGUAAUGAAAUUUGUUCAGGUAGCACGGGCACAACUUCAAUGAACGGAUGCUCACCUGAAGGCUCUCAAUCUUCUUCCUUUAUCCAAAAGGAAACUUCUUCACUGGUAGUGAAUGAUGUUGUCGUACCAACUAUUGCAGCGGAUGCAGAUGAUGACAUUAAAUGCUUGGGAGAGUUUGUCUCUGUUGACAAUACCUUGAAUUCUGUUGACAUCAGUAAUGGUAUUAGUUUUACUGAAUCCGUUCUAGACUUGGAUACUCAGGGUUUCAAUUCUAAAUUAAGAAUAACUUCCUUGGAAAGCAAAGCUAAUGAAGAUUCAGAGACUGUCGAUAUAAAAGAUCGUCUGGAGCAGGGCAGCGGGCAUACUAAUGUUGAGCAUGACGGUGGACAUGUUAAUGUUCCUAAAUCCGAAGGUGAACCUCCUGUAAGAGUUAAUGCUGAUGUCUUCAAUCCUGAGAAGGAUAAGUUCAAUGAUACUAGUAAUAAAUUCUUCAUCUCUAAAGCUCUCGAUGUUCAGUCAACAACUGGCAAUGGCAAAUUUGGUAAUCCACCUCAUGGCCAAUUAGAUGAAGGCCAAGAUUGCUCAUUCAAGUUUGUCCCUGCAGAUGGUUCCUUCAAUAAUGAUGAGGGCAAUUUUGCUGAAGCUCGUCCUGUGUUGGAUGCAAACAGUGUCCAUCCUAAACUAAGAAUAAUUUCUCUCAGAGAAAAAGCUGGUGAACAGUUUGAUACGGCUCACACAGAAGGCUGUCUACAGCAGAACAAUGAACAUGCUAUUCCUCAUACUCCAUAUGAAUCUCCAACUAAACUGCUUGUUGACAAAAUCAAGGCUGAGGAGGAUAGGUUGAACAUUAGCAGCGAGGUCCCCACACCUGAAGGGAUACAGACCCAAUCUGCAAGUGGAACAAGCAAUUUUGACACUUCAUCUCAUUGCCUUCCAGGUUGCAGCGAAGGUUGUCAGCUUGAGUCUGUUGAGACAAGAUCUCGCGAGGUUGCUUGUAAUUCAUCUGUCAUUCUAGAAACCAGUACUGGCUAUUAUCCUCAUGAUCGGAAAUCUUUUGCUACAAAAGUACUUUCUGAUAUGAGGGCAAAGCAAACACCAAAAAAACUGUUUGUGAAAAGAAAGGCCAUAUCUCCAACAUCUCAGGAAAAACUUUGCCAGGCUAUGGAUGACGAAGAAAUGUAUAAGAAGUUAAAAACUCCCAAGCGUAGGCAAGGAAUUCACUUCGACAAAUGGACUAAGAGUGGCAUUGCAUCACAAGCAGUAGGUUUUGAAGAAGCUGACGAUGCAGCUGAGCCAGUCAGCAGGGAUGACACUAGCAUUCCUCCAACUGGUUGUAGUACAUAUUCUACCAAUCAUGAUGGUCAUCCUGUGUUAGCACAGAAAAGUUCCCCUCCAUUGGCUACAAAAGGCAUUCUUAAGCCUUCAUGUGGACCUUGUAUUGUUUCUUGUAGCUGCCCUGAGUGUGCUUCAAUUCGCUCAUAUGCUCAGAAGUCCAUUGAUUUUUCACAGCAGCAAAUGCAUGACAUAAAGUGCCUUGCCACCGUACUUGUGAGGGAGUUAAAAUCCUUGACAAGCGUCAUUGAAGAAAACUUGCUCUCCGAGACGUGCUUAUCGACACUGAGAUACAGCAUAGAUGAGGUCAAAGCUGCCACUACCAAUGCUGCUGAGGUUGAAGAAACCACCAGAAGGUGGCUUUCUAUGAUGUCAAGGGACUGCAGCCGCUUCUGUAAAAUAAUGAAAGUAAAAGAAAAAAAGCCUGUCAAAGUUGGUGGUCUGCAGAAGGAGCAGAAGAAAAUAACCUUUGCAGAUGAAGCUGGUGGCUUGCUCUGUCAUGUGAAGGUGUUUGGAGAUCAUUCUGAUUCUUCUUCGGCGCAUGAAGAGGACGGAGGCUGGGAAUGAGAAAAUGAGAAAAAGUCUAAGGAAUUUCAAAGGCUAUUAUAGCCGGUCUUUACCUGUAAUAUCCCGGCCUUUUUGGCGGGUAAAAUUCUUCCUGUCCCAGAACUGGGGACGCGACUGUCCUGAGGCUUCCAGGCAGUAUAUGAAGGGUCGAGGCUUUGGUUUGCACGACAAAUACUGAAGGAAAUAAGACCUUGUAUCUCUGGCUGCCCUCCUUCUGAACUUCGGUUUGUCCUGUUUUGUAUGCGACUCAUUGUAAGGUCUAUCUUUAUAUGGGUGUAUAAUCAUGUUUAACGGGUAAAAUGAGAAUUGACAAUAACCACUGUAUCAGAAAAGAAACAGUGAAUUGUUUUGUCUGGCAAGGUUGAUGCAAUUAACAACUAUAUGAUUCCAAUUCCCAGAGUGGUAA